AUGCCUAAGAAUGCCUUGGUGGUCCUGCGCUAUGGGCCAUAUAGCUCAGUUGGCCUGCCGGUGGAGCACCGCACCUACCGCCUGGAGGGCCUGCUAGCUGUGUUGGCUGAAGAUGGACACCAGGUCAUCGUAGAGAAGAUAGAAGACUGGAAUGUGGUGGAGCUCAUGGUGAAUGGAGAAAUUAUCUUUCACUGCAACAUCAAAGACUUGGAGUUUGGAGGUGAUGGUAAACUAGACCCACUGUGCAAAGAGGCCAGAAUAGCUGUAUUAAACGCCUACUGAUCUCAUCAGAACAGGCAUCUCAAGUCAACAGAACAGCAGCUGCCUCUGGCCAUUCUGCAGUGCAAGCAACAGCUGUCAUUCCAGGCCAUGAGCGCUGGGCUCAGACAAGCAACACCAACCUGUCCUUCGGCCUGCACAACAUAAGUUUCUCACCUGGCAGCAAGGAAAUGGGACCCACAAAGAUAAUAAAAACAUACCAUUUGCAGCAUCUCUCAGUCUUAACCCACAGGGAGAGCCCUCCAAUAUCAGGUACACAGUGAGCUGAAGGAAAUAAUAAAAUGCAAUCUAAAGACAAA